GGGCCGUUGGCGUAAAAGAUGGGGGUGGAGAGAAGCUGGCGGCCGGGGAAGGAGCCGCCCCGGCUGCCCUCCGGGGCGCGAGAACUCCGCCACCGCGCCGACGGCAGGACAGAGCAGCGCCGCGCGGCGAGGCGCAAAAGCAGCCGCAUGGCGCAGACGAGUCGCGCCCGCCGGGAGAAAGAGCGGCCCCGCCUAAGAGCACGGAGAGCGGGCGUCCUAGAGCGCCGCCGCGCGAGAAUGCGCCCGCGCGCGGGUGACGCCUGCGCGGAGCCGGCGGACCCUCCCCCUUUCCUGUGGCGAGGGAACGGGAGCGGAGCGGGAGGCGGUCGGCGCUGGCAGCCCCUCACGGCCGUCAUGUUCCGGUGCCGCGCAGCUGCUCGGCUGGUGCGGGCGCUCGGCCCAAGGUCGCGGGGUCGGGCGGGCGCAGGCAACUUGUUUCAGCGAUGGAAAAUUCCCUUAGAAGUGCAGCUGAGCAGACAGAUGGCUAGCUCUGGUGUUCCUGGGGGCAAAAGCAAUAGUGCUGUCCUUGCCCUCCUGGUGGGCUUAACAACUUUAGGAGGAGGGGCCUAUGUCUACAGGACACUGAAAGAAGACCGAGAGCGGUACAAUGAGCGGGUUGCAGGAAUGGGCCUCGGCCACCAGCAGGAUACGAAACCUCCAGCAGCAGACGCUGCCUCCCAGAGCACAGCAGCCGCAGAAGCAGAGACCGGCACUCGCUCAGAAUGUCCAUCCCAUGCCCCUUACCUGCUCAUUGGUGGAGGCACUGCUGCCUUUGCUGCCGCCAGAUCCAUCCGGGCUCGGGAUCCUGGUGCCAGGGUGCUGAUUGUGUCUGAAGACCCUGAGCUUCCGUACAUGCGGCCCCCGCUUUCCAAAGAGCUGUGGUUUUCUGAAGACCCGGAGGUCACGAAAACUCUGCGGUUCAAACAGUGGAACGGGAAAGAGCGGAGUAUAUACUUCCAGCCAGCUUCUUUCUACGUCCCUGCUUGUGAUCUGCCUUACAUAGAGAAUGGUGGUGUGGCUGUCCUCUCUGGAAGGAAGGUGGUCCACAUGGAUGUCCGAGGCAAUGUAGCGAAGCUGGAUGAUGGCACACAGAUCUCCUAUGACAAGUGCUUGAUUGCCACAGGCGGUUCUCCGAGGAAUCUUCCUGUGAUCGAGAGGGCAGGCAAAGAGGUGCUGCAGAGGCUCACGCUGUUCCGGAAGAUCGAUGACUUCCGCUCACUGGAGAAAAUUUCCAGAGAAGUUAAAUCGAUCACCAUUAUCGGCGGCGGCUUCCUGGGUAGCGAGCUGGCUUGUGCUUUGGGACGAAAGGCGCAGUCAAAAGGCCUGGAGGUGAUCCAAAUGUUCCCGGAGAAUGGCAACAUGGGAAAAGUCCUUCCUGAGUACCUGAGCAACUGGACCACAAGCAAAGUGCGCCGAGAGGGGGUGAACGUGAUGCCCAAUGCAGUUGUGAAGUCAGUGUCUGUCUCUGGGAACCGGCUGCUUAUAAAAUUGAAAGACGGAAGGAAAGUGGAGACAGAUCACAUUGUGGCAGCUGUGGGUCUGGAGCCCAGCAUGGAGUUGGCAAAGUCAGCUGGCUUGGAGGUGGACUCUGACUUUGGGGGCUUCAGGGUUAAUGCAGAGCUGCAGGCCCGCUCCAAUAUCUGGGUGGCGGGGGAUGCUGCCUGCUUCUAUGACAUCAAGCUGGGAAGGCGACGUGUAGAGCACCACGAUCAUGCCGUUGUGAGUGGAAGGUUGGCGGGAGAAAACAUGACCGGUGCGGCAAAGCCGUAUUGGCACCAGUCCAUGUUCUGGAGCGACCUUGGCCCUGACGUGGGCUAUGAGGCGAUUGGGCUCGUAGACAGCAGCUUGCCCACUGUGGGAGUAUUUGCUAAAGCAACAGCAAAGGACACCCCAAAAUCUGCAACGGAGCAGUCAGGAACUGGAAUCCGGUCUGAAAGCGAAACCGAGACGGAAGCCUCAGAACUCAAGGUCUCGGCAGCUUCCCCUUCCACUUUACAGGUGCCACAACAGGGCGAGGAUUACGGCAAAGGAGUUGUUUUCUACCUCAGGGAUAAAGUAGUGGUGGGAAUUGUGCUAUGGAACAUCUUCAACAGGAUGCCAAUUGCUCGAAAGAUCAUUAAAGAUGGGGAAGAACAUGCUGACCUCAAUGAAGUUGCAAAGCUCUUUAACAUCCACGAGGACUGAAUAGGGGCAGCCCGUGCCCUCCGGCUAAGAUGUGGCUGGAAGCAGCAGAGGGAGGGGGUGGGCAACUGUUGCAGGCACUGUGAGCACUUCCAGUUGUGUGCCCCCCUGCCCCCGAAUAUGUGUGAAUGUUUGUAAUGGCCCAGAGCUGUGUUUGCAUCAUGAAUAAAACCCAAUUAACAUUCUAA